AUGGCCACAGAAGACUCAUUGGGCCGCGAGAUCGAGGAUGCGCCGGCCCAACUUCCGAGCGAAACUGAAAGCGCACCUUUACUUGGGCCGAAAAACUACGCAGAUGACCUGGACCUUGGGAAGAUGAUUUGGGCUUCUCCAGGCCUGAUUCUGGGGAUCAUAUUAAGUCAAGCCGAUAUUGGACUAGAAUCAGCAGUCUUUCCCAAAAUUGCAUCCGAGUUCCAUCAAUUUCGACAUGUCGCCUUAUUAACUAUAGGCUUCAGCUUCAGUAUCGCAGCAGGACAACCCGUGUACAGUCGCUUGUCGGAUCGGUAUGGGAGGAAGCCCCUACUGCUAGGAAGUUAUUGCUGGUUCUUUAUUGGUGUAAUUCUCUGCCCGUUAUCUUCGAAAUUUUGGAUGCUUGUGCUAGCAAGGGGGAUAGUUGGAAUAGGAACUGCAGGCAUGGGCUAUAUUGUUUCCCUUAUUAUCACAGAUAUCGUCCCUGUUCGUAACAGAGCAAUAUGGCAAAGUGGAAUAGAUUUGGUCACUUUUUUGGGACGCCUGGCGGGAGGGACCUUAGGUGGCGUGGUUGUGGAGCGCCUUGGAUGGCAGAGUGCUUUUGCCAUGGAAGCGCCGCUCGCAUUGGUUGCCUUGUUGGCGGUGAGUCUGAGCUUGAAGUUGCCUCCCUUGCCAACACAGUCCACAGGUUCUGGGUCUGCUGGGUCAGGAUCCCCCAUACUCCAUGACUUUGACGCAAUGGGUGCUGUGCUGCUUCUCAUCUUCGUGGCGUGUGCCAUUUGCGGCUUUGGAAUCGCUGGGUAUGAUGUUUUUUGGAACUCUCCCGCUGUCGCAGGUUUACUAGGAGCAUCGAUUCUUUUUGCCGCAAUCUUCGUUUGGUAUGAGCAUCGUGUGAUCCACCGCCCACUGAUUCCGAUUCGAAACUGUGCGCGGCGACCAGUCUGGCCAAUACUUCUUGUGACAUUCUUCAAGGAUAUGGCUUUCACCGGUAUGCUUUUUGUGAUUCCAAUUUAUGUAAACGUCUCGGCACGGGGUGAAUCGUGGACCGCCGGUCUGCUCAACGCGCUGCUGAGUCUGGGAGCAAUGAUUGGGGCUGCAGCGAUCGGAUUUCGCAUACGAAAUAGUGGAAGACUCUGGGGAGAAUUGGUCGCAGGUGCCUCGCUGGCUCUGAUUGCGGGCAUUGCCACAAGCCUCACCUGGAAUGGGUCCGAGAGCUUUGCGGUUAACAUGGUGGAAAUCCUUCUCUUUGGCAUUGGUUACGGCAUGGCUCUCGGAACCACUCUGGUGGCCGUGCUUCACUUCACGGAAUUCGAAGAGCGAGCUGCCAUCUACGGUGUGGUUCAUCUUCUCACGGCCAUCGCCACACUUGUGGCACUCGGCAUUUUCGGCGCGCUAUUUUCGUCCCGAGCCGGGCUCCACAUGAGGCUAAAACUCGACGGGGCAUCUCAGCAUGAAGUGGAAAAGUUAAGUUUGACCUCUGACUCCUACCCCUUGCCGCAAUGUCCUCGUCUCAUCUUCAACCAGAUCGUCCAAAGAUGCUUGGAUAGUUUGGAAUGCUUGUCCAAUAUGUCUCCGCAACUACAGAACGUUGUCCGGCAAUCCUUCGUUGAGUCCAUCCACGACUCUUUGUUGGGUAUAGCGUGUCUGCUGGGUGCAAUGUUUCUGGCCAGUACAUUUUGCGUAGAAGCCAAUCUUCUAUGA